CUGCUGGCGCAUGCGACCCAUGGGUCACUUGUGCGGCUGUCGCUGCAGCGGUUGCUGCCGCCGGGGCUGGUAGCGGCCAUAGCGGAGGGGCCUCCGCAGGCUGUACUGCAGGCGCUGGCGCAGCGCAUGGAGACGCCGGAGUGCAUCUGGGAUGCGGAGAUGGCUGCCACCGCUGCUACCCAGGUGACAGUACUGGCAGCCGACCUGCGCGCUCGCCACGCCGCCACCACCGCAUCCGCCGCCGCCUCAGUCCCCUCACCCGCAGCCCCAUCACCAGCGGCUGGCGUGUACGACUGGUCCCUGCCCCCAGGAGCUGCCGUACAGUACGACAAGCUGCGCGGGGAGUUGUUCGUUGGCGGCGCGUAUGUACGGCUGUUCCUGAAGCAGCCGCGCCACCCGCUGAGGCAGCCGGGGCGGUUCGCGGAGGGGCUCAUGGAGCGCUACCUGCCCGAACUGGCCUCCCCCGCCCGCGACCCGGACCUGCUGGUGCUGCUGGCGGCUGCUGCGGUGGCGCUGAUACGGUCUCACCCCAACAUGGCCGAGCACCUGUGCCGUGGAGGCUACCUGGCCAAACUGCUAGCGCAGCUGGCAGCCCUCAUAAGGCCCCUGCUGCCGCCGCCGCUGCCACUGACGUCAGCAGACGCCGCGUUUGCCAGCGCUACUGCAGGCGGUAGCAGCAGCGGCCCCGGGAGCGGUUUCACCUCACCUCGAGGGGGCCUUACCGCCAACGGUGCGACUCAAACUCCUUCUCCUCAGCAGCAACAGCAGGGCGUUCUUCCAGCAGCAGCAGCAGCAGUUCUGUCGGCGGGUGUCAUAGAGGCAUGCGGCAGCGCGCUGAGGCUGCUCCACCAGCUCUGUGAUAGCGUGGCGGCGGCGGAGGCGCUCGCGACCAUGCCGACGUCGACGGCACCGCCGGCCGUACAAGUGCUGUACGGCGCCAUGCGCCUCGGCUCCGCUGCCGCCGCCGCCGGCGGCAGCGGCGGAGGCGAGGGUACGGCAAUGGCGGCGCGGUUAUUGGCUUUGGAGACGUUGAAAAGGGCGUUGUCGCCGGCGAACAGGCACAGAGAUGUGCUUGUACUGCAGGCGCUGCAGUACGGAUUGGUUCCGGAGCUGCUGGCGUUACUGGAGUGGCAGCAGCGGGGAGGUGCAGGCGGCGCAACAACCACAACGACAGGAGCUGCAGCAUCGGGCGGAGGAGCGCGGGCAGCAGGGGAUACCACGCCCGGCGGCGGCGGCGGCGGCGGCGGCGGAGGAGGAGACGUUGCCGUACUUCGCGUGCUGGCGGUUGACGUGCUGCGUGCGCUUCAUCAGCCGCCGGGCCUGCACUCGGGUCCGGUGUGCGCCCUGUUGGACGGCUCGCCCGUGUGGCAGGCGUACUGCCACCAGCGGCAUGACCUGUUCCUGCCUGCGGGGGCGGGGGCGGCGGGGGGCAGUGUGGUGGGGCUGCUGGAGGGGCCGCAGAGCGCCCGGUUCGCACUGCCGCCGCCGGAGGCGCUGGAACAGUAGUGUAGUAGCCGUUGUGCGGGUGAUGGUGGUGGUGGUGGUUCGUGUGGGUCCGGGUUGGCGUUGGUAGUAGUGUAGAUGCGUGGGUUGGAUUGCAAAACCUGAGAAGUGUGUAGAGGUAUCAUCGUUUUAGUCGAGCAUUAGAAGGCAAGACUCUCAUCAGGAGCAAUGAUGCGCAGACAUGCGGUUGGAUGGAUCUAUUUGUAGCCUAUUAAGGUAUAUAGUAGCCUGAAGGGGCCACAUGAUGGUUUCAGAGGCGCACAGGCUGGGGAGUUGGGGGUGGAGGUGAAGAUGAAAAUUAGGGUUGUGGUUCUGCACUGUUGUCACGGGGGCGGAGCGAAGCUGGGGUGGGUGUUGACUGUUGAGUGAAAGGCAGACGAGGAGCAGGAGGUGUACCAGCAUGCUCUGCAUCGGUAUCGCAGGAGGUCGUGUGCUUGCAGCGGCUUUGCAUUUGGUUUUGGAGAUUGGUAGUUGGGGUUUGGGUAGUCGAGUAUGGUUAGGUUGCAACGGUGUUGGGCGCCAGCGGUGAAGCUUGAUACCUGUGCCUGUGCGGACAUUGGCAACGGUGCGUGGUGGCAUCUCACGGUUGACACUGUGGCGGUUGUAAUCCUGACGGAAGUACCUUGCUCCUAGUCACAAGAAGGCCGGGGCCCGCAGUUAGUUUGAAAUUAAUCAGU